CAGCUGUCAGGCAGCAUUUUGUUUGGCGCUUGUGCAUCUCAAUUUCGCGGAAUCUUUGUCUGGAUAAACUGUUUUGCCUAAAAUAUCGUUCGCAUCAUUGUGCGUGGAAUGCUUUAAAUUUCGUGUAAAAAAGCUCGCUAAAACUCGUGCGAUUAGUGCUAUUAAUUUUGUAAAGGAGAAGCGUUCUGGAACAGCUGGGCUUACAAGAUGGAACAAAAGGCGGAACAAGACCAGGAUACGUCCUACGUGACGAUGCCGGACAUUUUGCAGGAGCAGGAAGAGCUGGAAGAAACAUCGCGUGCCGUGUUGGGUGGGUCGGACGAAAAGAAUUGCACCUACACGAAGGGAUACGUUGGCCGGCAAGCACUGUACGCCUGUUUGACCUGCGUCCCGGAAGCGCGGGGUAUCGAGUCGAAGCGCAGCGGCAUCUGUUUGGCCUGCUCGCUGCAGUGCCACGACAAUCACGAGCUGCUGGAGCUGUACACGAAGCGUCACUUUCGGUGCGAUUGCGGUGGGCCGCGCAUGCCGGAGGUGAAGUGCAAGCUGGAACCGCGCAAGGAGGAAGCGAACGACCGGAACCGGUACAAUCAAAACUUCUCCGGCCUGUACUGCGUCUGCCACCGGCCGUACCCGGAUCCGGACGAUGACGUGCAGGACGAAAUGGUCCAGUGCGUGGUGUGCGAGGAUUGGUACCACAUGCGGCAUCUCGACUUGGACGAGCCAAAGAGCUCGAAGGACUACGGGGAGAUGGUGUGCGGUGGGUGCAUGGAGGCGAAUCCGUUUUUGCAGAAUUAUGUAGGCAAAAUUGAAGACCCGAACAAAACGACGCUCGACGAUACGGUGCAGGUGGAUGUGACUGGGUUGGACGAAUCGAAUGUAACGACCGCUGCUGCUACUGCUACUGCUGACGCCGCUGCUGAUGAUGACGCAGAACAGGACACAGCCGGACCGAGCGAACCAAAGCAACGUCGGCUGGAUGAUUCGAAAGCACCGGCAGGGGAGGAGCCACAGAAGCAAAAGGAAGAACCAGCCGUUUCGCUGGACAUCUGCACCAAACCUGUGGUGGUGACGGAUGGAGAGAAAGCCUACAAGAAGGGGGCAGCGUUCUGGGUCGAAGGAUGGCGCAAGUAUCUGUGCCAGUGUAAGGCAUGCGUCGAGCUGUACAAGAAGCAUGGCGUCGAGUAUCUGCUGGACGAGCAGGACACGGUGAAGUAUUACGAGGACGUCGGUAAGCAGAAGCACGGCUCGAACGGUUCGGCCUACGAGCAGGGCAUGCAGAUGUUGGGCCAGCUGGAUCGGGUCACGCAGGUCGAUAUGCUGACGGAGUACAAUCGCAUGACGAGCCGGUUGCGCGAGUUUCUGGACCAGUUUGUCACGAACCAGCAGGUCGUGACGCGCGACGAUAUUAACGAGUUCUUUGCCAAGCUCAAUAAGGAGCGCCGUGAGUCGGGCAGUAGCGGCCCGCCGCCGUACUUUUGUCGCUAAGUCAAGACACAUUCCCACAAACAAGCAAAAACAAGAAAAAUGUAUCUCGUAUUGUAUUAUUGAACUUACUUACUUUACUCCUCGCCAGCGUAUGGUCUAUAUAUUUAAAUAAAAACAGUUCUUACUUUGUACUACUAA